GGCACCUAUAACUGCGAACCGAUUCCCAGCCCGAACUCUGACUCGCCAUACUGCUUGAUUACGACAAGAAACAAGAUGUCUCUUAUCUCGUGUGGUACAGCGACAGACCCACCUCUUUGCGGUGCGUGGCCUGAGCUUGGGAUCUUCACCUACUCAGGUUGUCACAACAUGAUGUACUGCUCUUUGGAGUGUUAUGAAAACGAUCGGAAGCUCCACGAGCUAUUCUGCACGUAAUUCUCAGACUUUCAAGAGGAGCACUGCUCGA